UGUGCUCAGGAAGGUUUGUACAACUUCACGGUCAAGGCAUUCAAUCAGAUAUCAUCUUUGUCUUCACAUCUAGUGUACGAGUGCAGACCAAGCAUCAAAUGCACCAUCUAUGAAGACUCCCCAUUCCUGACCUACGAGCCUGCUAACAUUACCUUACAUAUCGAAAACGCAGAUUAUCUAACAGCUGUUCUCAUAGACUUUGGAGACGGAGAGUUUCAAGUAGUUGGUGCCAGUGCAAGAAAGAAUGACUUUCCGGGAUUCCCAUUUAAGGUCAUCGAACCUAUAAUAGGUAAUAUCACAGUGACUCAUUUGUUUGCCAAGGAGACAGAAUUGAGAGUUGAUUGCAAUGCAACUAAUGCUGUUUCACGUUAUGAGUAUAUAAGAACCAACGUCGUAUCACUGCAUAAGCCAUGCAGGAAGCCUACAGUAAAAAUAUUAAGCGUAGGAACACAUGUAAAUAUGAGUCACGUGAGAAACGAAACUCGGGAACAUGACCUGAUCAUUACAACAAAUAACGUUAUCGAUUGUAUAGCCUCCAGAGAAACGAUCUUCAACUGGAACGUGUACUUACACCAUGGAUCUGGAGUACCAGAUACACUUCUUGAGCACCCUUUGUGGAAGCUAAACACAUCCAAGUUGAUUAUUCCAAAACGAACUCUUCCAAUAGGGAUAAUUCGCAUUGAAUUUGUUCUACGAAUGGUUCAUUCAAUCGUAAGAGGUGUAUUAGGAAGAGCAGAUGGCUUCAUUACUAUAUCACCUAGCCCAGCUAAAGUCUUUAUUCCUGGAGGUGAACGUCGAAGUGAGGAUAAAAAUGGACUAAAGACUAUCGGUGCUGACUUUGUUGAUUUUGAUGCUCCUCCUGGUAACAUAACAAAUGUCACAUGGGUGUGGUUCGUAAAGAAAGAUAAUGAAAGCCUUCCAUUCAUAGGUAUAACAAAUCUGACAAACCUGCAAAGCGUGGUACAAGUGGAUGGUUGUUUUGGGUACGGUACUGGUUUAUUACCCUUCUCGUUGUCGUCUUUUGAGUACAACUCAAGUCUGAUAACUACCAGACAAACUUGUCAUUUAGAAGUGAUUGCUACCAAAGCACAAAGAAUUGCUAAAAAACAACAGCAGAUAGAGUUCUAUCCAGUAUUCCCUCUUCCCAAGUUACUUAUGGUAUGUAAGCUCAACUGCGACAAGGUUAAUCCAGUAGAGAUCGUAUCUUACGAGGGUUUGUCACUAAACAUGGACUACACUGAACUAAACUUUGAAUGGCAACUGUGGAGUGAGGGAAAUAUGAUUGAUCUUAAUGGCAAGACUUUAUCCAGCCAUCUCUCAAGAAAUUUGGUCUUGGCAAGUGGAAUACUUGAAGGAGGAAAAUAUUACAAGCUCAUCUUAUUUGCUUGGAAGAAAGGGGACAAAGAGAAUAAAGGAUUUAUGGAGACGCUUUUCAAAACCAACGACUUCCCACGUGGAGGAGAAUGCGCCAUAAAUCCAAGCAUUGGUUAUGCAGUCAAGACCCCUUUCCGACUCAACUGUGCGGGAUGGAUAGACGAAGAUCUGCCCAUCACUUACCGAGUAACAAUCGAUUUCGAGAUCGAAAGAUUUAUGUUUUCGGGUCGUGAAUUAAACCAGCCGAUUUAUCUUCCUUAUCACCAUAGUCAUAACACAAGCAGUCUGAAUUUGAAAGUGUACAUCAUAGACAGAUAUGGAAAUUAUAAUGUGACGACGGUCAGCGUUGAGAUUCACACAUUUGAGGACCCAAUGGAAAGCAUAAACAAAGUACUAAAACCAAACGGACCCCUACUAAAUGAAAUCUUAGGUGGAAAUACACAGACAGCUUCACAGCUACUAAGCUCUGUUGCUUCAGUCUUAAUUCAUUCGGCAACAGAAGCAGGAAAUGAUACUGACCGCCUUAAAAACAUAGCAGAGAGAUUAGAAUACUUCAUUGACAUCGCGGCACAGAUUCCUUCUCAGCUUCCAGAAGAUGUCCUGGCAAUCGCCGAAAGUUUGGUGGAGCUAACUGCCAAACCUGACUUGUUGUCUCAUAAUACCCUGGGACAAGCAACAGUUGUAUUCGAUAAGAUGCUAAAUGUUUUGCUCGAAACAAAAAACUACGCAAACGUUGAGUUAAUAGAAAUGGCAAGCAUGAACAUCCUAGGUGGAAUCGGUAGUAUAAUGAUGAGUAGCUCCAUGCAUUUGAGUAAAAGUAUGUCAUCUGAUAGUUCUGCAACUGGUUUUUCCACGGCCGAGGCAAAGAGAAUUACAAGUUCCUUGUUAAGUUCUAUGGAUAAGAUAUUUAAUCUUCUACGCGAUAACCUUCUUGUGGGACAGAACUAUACCAUGCUCGACACACCUUAUUUAGCACUUCUGACUGGAAUCAAGUCGGUUGGGGAACUCAAUACAACGCCACUUGGGUUAAAAGACAGUUCGUUUAAACUCCCUGAUAUGCAGUCUGAACUCAACCUUUCUUCACAGUUUCAAACGAUAGUAGAGAUGUUUUCUUCGAAAUCAAACCCAUUCCUUUGGACUCCGACUUCAAAUGCGGUAGCUACUGACGUCAUCAGCUUGGACUUAGGAAGCCAAUCAGGAGAGUCUUUAAAAGUCGGGAAUUUGACCCAAAAAAUACAAGUUGUAAUCAAAAACCACAUCUCCGAGAGCAAAGCCGACACUCUUCGAGUGUAUUCAUCACAAGGACACGAUGUUUCGACUCAUAGAAUGAAUGUAACGACUAACGAUUCUUCUAUCCAUGGAUCGGUUCAUCCAAUCAACUGUUCUGUUCCCCUAACACUCACCAUAAGGCGUAAUGAAUAUGAUUGUUCAAAGGAUUAUGACUAUAAUUGGACACUUCCAAGAAACGACAUUCUAGUUGAGAUAGAUCCUUAUUCGUUCUUUAUAUCGAACGUUGAACUCAAUCGUACCGCCGCAGGUGUGUAUUACAUUUGUGUAAAACCGAUGCUUGAUGGUUACGUCAGGGAAAACUGUUCAGGACAUCUUAAUUACACAAUAUCUACUUUCUCUGGCUCAUGCCGGUACUGGGAUGGUGAAGACGAUGCGUGGAAAGGAGACGGGUGCGAGGUUGAUGAGCACACAUCCCCAGCCGCGACGUACUGUAUUUGUGAUCACUUGACAUCGUUUGGUGGUGGUAUGUUUGUAGCGCCAAACCCAAUAGACUUUGGUAAAGCAUUAGCUGGGUUCUCAGACCUUGCUAGCAAUCCUACAGUCUUCGCAGUCAUCAUAUCUAUUUUUGCCCUGUACUUGAUUGCUGUCAUCUUUGCUAGAAGAGCUGACUUAAAAGAUAUACGAAAGGCAGAGGUUACCAAACUUCCUGGUAACGACCAGCGCGAUACUUUUUCCUACGAAAUUACAGUUUACACAGGACUAAAUCAAAACGCUGGUACAACCGCUGAAGUGUAUUUACGAUUGAUUGGCUCUCUUGGAGACAGCGAGCCAAGGUUACUGAAGGACCCAGAAGUACCUCGAUUCAAAAGGGGAGCGAUAGAUAAAUUUUUGUUGACUUCACCUCAGUCGUUAGGCAGUCUUAAAGAGAUCCAUAUUUGGCACAAUAAUGCUGGCAAAUCCCCUGGAUGGUUCUUUUUCCGCAUGCAAGUACGAGACUGUCAGACACAGAGGAAAUGGUGGUUUGUGGGGAAUAGAUGGUUGGCUGUGGAUGAAGACGAUGGAAUGGUUGAAAGAAGAAUCAAGACAGCCACCCGGAGUGAGUUAACACAAUUUAACAUCCUUUUCAUCAACGCAACACGAAGAAACCUAUUUGAUGGCCAUCUCUGGCUGUCAGUCUACACAAGGCCAGUUCAAAGCACCUUUACACGUGUACAACGUCUAUCCUGUUGCCUUUCUCUUCUCUUUAGCACAAUGCUAUCCAAUGCAAUGUUCUUUGAAAUUGGUGGAGGUGCACAAGAUACCACUAUCAAACUAGGUCCCAUACAGUUAAGCUGGAGCCUGAUUAUAAUAGGAAUUCAAAGUAGUAUCGUAGUGAUGCCUGUAAACGUCUUACUGGUAACUAUAUUCCGUAAACUCGCCCCUAAAAAACAAAAAUCUAAGGAAUACAAAGAAGACGCUCAGAGAGAGCCCAGUAACGUCGAGAAAGGCCUAGAAUCAGAACAAGAUGAAAAAGAGGAAAUGGAAGAACACAAGGAUAACACUAAAGAGGAUUCUUCGAACACGAAAAAGAAAACGUUGCUGUUUCCGUAUUGGUGUAUAUAUAUCGCAUAUAUACUAUGUUUCAUCAGCUGUGUUACCUGUGCUUUUUUUACACUAUUGUACGGGUUUACUUUUGGAAAAGAAAAAUCAGAGAAAUGGCUGUCUGUUAUGGCCAUCUCGUUUUUCCAGUCAGUCGUCGUUAUUCAACCAUUCAAAGUCUUCCUUCUUGGCCUGUUUUUUGCUCUUAUAAUAAAGGAUCCAAAUAAGGAAGAAGAAGACUUGGACGCCGACUACGAGCAAGGAGAAGAAAGUUUUAAAGACUCAUCAUUGACAAAAGAAAACUACGCAAAGAAAAUGGCUUUGUACAGUAAGCCACUAAAGAAACAGCAAUUAGAAAGAGCAAGAGCUCUUAGAUUAAAAGAAAAGCAGAUGUUAGCCAUCAUUCGUGAAAUUGUUCUACACUUUUUGGUGGUCAUCAUCGUUCUGUUCGUGGGUCACGGUAGCCAUGACAACAAGAGUUUCUCUUAUAGCAAGAGAGCCAUUGACAUACUUACCGAUGGCAUUCCAGCUUUCACACAGGUACAUAAUGAUCAUAACUUCUGGGACUGGACCAUAACCCAACUGAUACCAAACUUGUACCCUGUAGAUGACCUCAUAGGAUACCCAUAUAUGGAUAUCAUGCAUAAUAAAAAGACUUCUAACAUGGUUGGUGUAGGGCGAUUACGUCAGCUCAGGAACAAAAAACAUACUUGCAAAGUUCCAUUGAUAUUCACGGGAAAGUUUGAGGACUGUACAGAAGACUAUUCAUGGUCAAAUGAAGAAACAAAUAAUUUUAUUCCUGGAUGGAGACCUCUCACUAAUACAUCCCUAAUAAUAGAGGAAAUAAAGAAAACUCCUUGGGAUUACACCAGUGCUUGGGAGAUCAAAAGUUUCCCGUAUUUUGGUAAGAUGACAACUUAUCAAGGUGGUGGUUAUAUAAUGGAGCUUGGGCCAACAAACGACACAGCGUUCCAAACUGUCCAUGAGUUAUCCAGAAAUAACUGGAUUGAUCAAUAUACUCGAGCCAUUUUCACAGAAAUUAAUAUCUACAAUGUUGACGUUAAUCUUCUUUGUGUCAUUACUUUGCUCUACGAGUUUCUACCCAGUGGCAAUGGAAUCCCUUCCAUCAAUGUGCAAACGAUCAAGCUCUAUCGCUAUCUGAGCAGCGUCGCUAAGGCUGUAAUGGGCUUCGAGGUUAUAUUCAUUUUCCUGGUAUUUUACUGGAUUUACAGGGAUUGUAAGAAAAUAGCGAGGGAAGGAAAACAGUAUUGGAAAGGUUUCUGGAAUGUGUUUGACUCGCUCGUUACGUCCCUUUCAAUCUGUUCAGUUGGAAUCUACAUCGCACGUCUAGUGUUCAUCAACAAAGCAAUUAAUCAGUUCCACUACGACCGACACAAAUAUGUCAGCUUUCAGUACGUCGUUCUGUUAAACGAAGUUUUGAACUUUUUGACGGCUUGUGUUGUGAUGCUGUGUAGUCUCAAGUUCCUUCGUCUGCUGCGCUUCAAUAGAAAGAUCUCGAUGCUUUCUGACACUCUUCGAUAUGCAUCAAAAAUGAUCUUAAGCUUCUUUGUCAUGAUCUUCAUUGUCAUUUUUGCUUUCUGUUCAAUGACAAACCUGAUAUUUGGAUCUGUUCUUGAAGAAUAUCGUACCUUGAUUCGAUCCAUGGUUUCGUUAUUCAGCAUGAUGAUGGGUGAUUUCCACUUCCAGGACCUAAAUGAUGCGCAUCGUAUUAUUGGGCCGAUCAUGUUCUUUUUCUUCAUGGUCAUAGUACAGUUUAUACUUGUUAACAUGUUCAUUGGUAUCCUCAGCGACAGUUUCAACAUGGUCAGGACAGACGCUGCCGCGCAGUCCAAUGAAUAUGAAAUAGUCGAUUUCAUGGUAAGGAAAAUGAGUUCUUUAAUUGGACUGAGUAACGUUGCUAUCAAGCCUGAUUAUACAUGGCCCAAGACAUCCCUGGAGAUACAAGUCGAAACAAUAGACGAAAAGACCGAUGUGAUAAUGGAAUACAUGAGAAAUUUUUCUGAUGAGGAUCUUCGUACAGCAUUAUGGUUCGAGUCGAGCAAGUUCACAGACAAGAAAGACAAGAUUAUCUUAUUUGCCCUCGGCAUGCAAACGCGGGACUUCGAGAAUGAUGACUUAUUUGACGUUAUUCCUGUUUUGUUAACAAAGUUGGACAAAAUAAACAAGGAGGACCUCUUAAAGAUGUCAAAGAAAGACAACCUUUCUGUCAUGGAUUUGUCCAGCAAGUAUAACUCUCAUAAUUCACUAUAUCUUUCCUCUGUUGCCUUUGACAUUCCUGACAAUGACGACUCCUCUUCCAUGUCAGACGGCGAUAGUGACGAUGAAGACGACCAGAGUUUUUCUGAAAUACAUGUUGAAAAACGAGGGGAUAAACUCCAAGAGGAUUGCAAAUCUGAAGAGAAUGGUCGUUCUGAUUCACAAGAAAGGAGAAAAAGCAUCCUCAAGAAGGCUAGUUUUUAACCUGUGAAAGAAGACUUGCAGUGCUGAAAUAUUUACCACCAGUUAUAAAACAGACAUAUAUACAUAAGUAUUGAGUAUAACCGUUGGGUAUCGGGUAUUCGGUAUAAGUAUUGGGUAUGUUGCUCGAUUACUUACCAGCUGACUGUAUGCAAUUCCGCCUACAUCAUUGGUAUCAUCAACUGAAUAAUCGUAUCAUUAUUACUAUAUAUACACACGCUCUAUUGUCUUUAAACAAAUAUUUCAAGUCGAGGCAUUUGGGUCAAUUUGCAGUGAAACAUAUAGAAACUGGCCCAAAUGUAACACGUUUUUUUUGUUGUUUUUUUCCCUUAAAAGGCAAUAGACUGCAAGUCUGAUAUCUGAUAUUAUUUCUUAUGACUACUUACACAAUACACCAAGGUACGUUUUCUGCUCGUUUUCUUCUAUUAUAUAUAUUUUAUCACUUGGGCUUAACCACACGAGAGGGCAAAGAGGACAGGAGCUACUUACACGUAGAUAUUGGGACCGUAACCUAUCCUCGUGGUCACCUCUGCACCAUGUAAUCACCAUGCUUGGUGGGACUGGCUUCCAUAGAAGCGAGAAGAGGACACGAGGUUCCUUACAAGAUCCAACUCCUUCUUACACGUAGAUAUUGGGUCCGUAACCUAUCCUCGCGAUCACCUCUGCACCAUAAUCACCAUGCUUAGUAAAACUGCAUAUUUUACAAUGAGUGACAAAAGCUCCAUUGCUGGCUGUCUAGACAGUUUUAAUUUUU